CUGCAAGAGUUCUUUCAAGACUCUUUGGCCUCGUUCAGCGACGAUCAAGACGUCGACAAGGCCCUGCAGACCCUCGGUCUCGCCAACAUGGACGCAAAAUUGCCCGACUUAUUGGUGACUCUUAUGCCGCACCAGAUCCUCGGCGUGGCGUUUAUGCUCGACAAGGAGAAGGAUAGAAGGUACCAGGGAGGGCUUUUGUGCGAUGCGAUGGGUUUGGGCAAAACUGUUCAGACCAUCGCCAUCAUCGUCAAGAACAAGAGCGUCGACCCUCGCGUCAAGACCACGCUGAUCGUCGCACCCCUGGCCGUGCUCAACCAAUGGAAGAGCGAGAUCGAAUCAAAGACCACCGAGGGUUUGCUGAAGGUCGGAAUUCAUCAUGGGGUUUCCAAGUACAAACUUGCCAAGGAAUUCAAGCAAUUCGACAUCGUCCUCACUACGUAUGGAACGCUCAUCUCUGACUUUGCCGAGACCAAGAAGAAGAAGAAGCGCCUUUACCCGUUGCCGGGCGGCGCCAACGAUUCAGACGAAGAGGAUGACGCGCCUCCCCCACCCGCUCGGAAGAAGGGUCCUUGCUUCCGCUUCCGCUUCUUCAGGAUCGUGCUCGACGAGUCGCACAUCAUCCGCAACAAGAGCACUCAAGCGUCUCGGGCUGUCGCAGACCUCGAUGCUAUCUAUCGAUGGAGUCUAAGCGGUACCAUCGUCAACAACUCCCUCGACGAUGUCUUCCCCCACCUCCGCUUCCUCUCCAUCAGUCCGCAAUCAGAGUGGAGUGAUUUCAAGAAGCAUAUCACCGACCGGGUGAAGAAGGCUCCUCGCUUGGCCGCCAACCGGACCCAGGCCAUCCUCAAGACCUGCAUGAUUCGCCGACACAAGGAAUCGGAACUCAACGGUCAGCGCCUGCUCAACCUGCCGCCCAAGGAGACCACGCAUGUGGAGCUCGACUUUGGGCCAGAGGAGCGGGCGAUCUACGACCAGGUAGAGCACCGGAUGAAGAUCAAGUUUGGGAACUUCCUCAAGCAAGGUACCGUCCUCAAAAACAUGAGUUGCGUCUUGACCAUGUUGAUGCGGCUCCGCCAACUCACUUGCCACCCCUGGCUCCUCCGGCGCAACCCCGGCGAUCCCGCCCACCCGGAAGACUUUGUGGUCUCGGACGAGGACUUGACGCUCUCGCUCAACGUCCCCGUCGUCAAUGCCGGAGAGGACUUUCUCAAGGCUGCAACGACGCUCGGUCCCGAAUGGGUAUUGUCCGUCUCGAAUAAGCUUAGAGAGCGGUACGAAUCGAUCCAGAAGGGCGACCAGCAAGCGGACGAUGGCGGGCACACGGACGAUGAUUGCGCUAUUUGCUUCGAACCCUUCGCCACCGAAACGCUGACCGAGUGCAAACACUCGUUCUGUUUCACCUGUAUCACUGGGUGGUUCACCAAUCCUCCCACUGCCGGCGGCGAUCUCACCGACGAGCAGGCGGCACGCGGCGCGCGAAAAUGUCCAUUUUGUCGCGAGGUCAUCGAGAGCACCAAGCUCUAUGCGGCGGCGGCUUUCUUUCAACCCGAGGUGGACAAGGAUCCUGAGGCGGGUAUGGAUGAGGGGUCCAGCGUUGUCCGCGCCGGCAAGCGCAAGUCUGAUGACGAGUUCCUUGCUGCCAGGCCGAAAUCAAAGAAGGACAAGAAGGGGAAGGGGAAGGAGCGUGCAGUCGAGGAAGAAGAGAUGGACGAGAUCACCAAUGUCCUGCCCAGCACCAAGAUGAAGGUUAUGGGGGAUCUCCUGGACGAGUACCUCGCCGAAGACGGCAUCAAGGUAAUCAUUUUCUCCGAGUUCGUCACAUACCUCAAGCUCGUUGAGGUAUUCCUCGACAACAAGGGCAUCAAGAACCGGAUCUACCACGGCGGUAUGAGGCAAUCCGACCGACUGGACGUCAUCCGAGAGUUCACCGGGGAGGUCAAGGACGAGAACUCGCCUCGCGUCAUGCUCAUCAGUCGGAAGGCGGGCGGUGCCGGUCUGAACUUGACUGCAGCUAGCAAGGUCAUCUCCCUCGACCUUGCUUGGAACGCCGCGUCGGAGAAUCAGGCAACCGACCGAGCACACCGUAUCGGCCAGACCCGCCCCGUCGACAUCCGUCGACUUAUCAUCAACGGUACGGUCGAGCAGCGUAUUCUGGCGUUGCAAGAGAAGAAGUCGGCAUUGGCGGACGGUGCGAUGGGAGAGGGAGCAGGUGGCAGGCUGGGUCGCUUGACGGUCCAGGACCUCAUGCGGCUCUUCGACUACAAUGCGGCGGAUGAUUAG